AUGUAUCCUGUGAACGGCUGUGCAGCAGCUAUUGAACACGUGGAAAUAGGCUCCAUGGAGCCGCGGGUGACCUCAGCCCCGGACGCAGUCCACGACUCCGACUCUGACGACGAGAUGGUUGUCAAUCGCCCCCCAUUACACCGACCAACAGACGGCCGCUCGCAACAACCCCUCCUCAAAGAUGAUCGCCAUCGUCGGUCCAAUUCCCGCUCGAGCCUCGGGAAUGGCGACGCAGAAGUCCGGCCCAUGCUGCAUGAAACCAGACGGCCGACAAUCCGGAGUAAAAGUCCGGAACGUGACGCUGCCAAAGCAACCCGCAAGAAAUACCUGGUUGCAUCGGGUUUCCUCUUGCUCAGUUUGAUCAGCUUCGUGGUACAAACGGAGACUGCUUCAUACAUUCAAAAUGAGUUGCAUUGGAAGAAGCCGUAUUGCAUGCUCUAUAUGACUCACGGGUCAUGGUCCUUGCUCUGGCUGGUCCAGCUAGGUAUCCUUCGGUUACAGAAACGGAAGCUCACUUGGGACGCUUUCUGGCGGCGCCAUGUCUCUUUCCUUCGCACCACUGCGCAGAUGGUAGAAUCCCAGGAAGUCCAUCUGAGCACUCGCGCGUCCAAUCGAUCUCCGGUUCGCUACAUGCUGAAGACCACCGCCUUUGUAACUACUGCCCUCACAAUCGCCGGAGGAUCAUGGUACGUGGCAGUCAACAUGACCACUCCCAGCGACCUCACAGCAAUCUACAACUGCUCGGCGUUCUUCGCAUAUGCCUUUUCAAUUCCGCUAUUGAAGGAGAAACUACGGGUUGACAAGGUGUUUUCCGUGGCUGUGGCUACCAUUGGCGUCAUGGUCGUUGCCUAUGGGGAUGGGCCAAAUAAGAAGGUUUCAAAAGGAGGCACACAUGAGAAUGGGGCGCAGAACAGAUUGCUCGGAAACAUCGUUAUUGGCGUUGGAAGCAUUCUAUAUGGGCUUUACGAGGUGCUCUAUAAACGCUUUGCCUGUCCUCCAGAAGGUACCAGCCCCGGCCGGGGUACGAUCUUUGCCAACACUUUUGGAAGUCUAAUCGGGGUUUUUACCUUGUUGGUACUAUGGAUUCCAUUGCCAUUUUUGCACUGGACGGGAUGGGAGACAUUUGAAUGGCCGACUGGCGAAGCAGCAUGGAUGCUGCUCAUCUCCGUGGGUGCCAAUGCUACAUUCUCGGGCUCUUUCCUUGUGCUCAUCUCCCUCACAUCGCCCGUUCUAUCAUCUGUAGCCGCUCUCCUUACCAUUUUCCUCGUCGCUCUGGUGGACUGGUUCCGAACCGGAAACUCACUUUCUAUGGCCUCUAUUAUUGGAGGUGUUUUGAUCACGGUGGCAUUCUUCAUGUUGAGCUACAGUACGUAUAGAGAGAUGAAUGAGGAGCGGAAGAAGCAUCUAGUGAACGAUGAGCUCGAGUCGGAUAGUGAUGCAUAG